AUGGUCGAAAAGCUCUACGUUACUUACAAUGAUGUGCACAACCUGUGCAAGGAAUCCGCCGAGCGGCUUCUCGCCGACUUCCAGCCGCAGCUCAUGAUCGCCAUCGGCGGCGGCGGCUACAUCCCCGCGCGCAUCCUGCGCUCCUUCCUCAAGCAGCCCGGCUCGCCCAACAUCCCGAUCCAGGCCAUCGGCCUCUCCCUCUACGAGCAGCUCGGCGAGGACCCGGACGUCGAGACGCCCGGCACCAAGGUGACGCGCACCCAGUGGCUGGACAUGACCGCGCUCGGCCACAUGCAGAACCUGGUCGGCAAGCGCAUCCUCAUCGUGGACGAGGUCGACGACACGCGCACCACGCUCGAGUACGCGGUCAAGGAGCUGGAAAAGGACGUCGAGGAGGCGCGCCGCCGCAUGCCGGACGGCGAUGCCCAGCCCAAGACGCAGUUUAGCAUUUUCGUCUUGCACAACAAGGACAAGGCCAAGAAGGGCAACCUGCCGGCGGACAUGGUGCCGAACAGGUAUCAUGCGGCCCGCACGGUGGCGGACGUCUGGAUCAACUACCCCUGGGAGGCCAUGGAUAUUGAAGAGCACGACCGAAACUCGGAGGCUGGUCGCAAGUAG